AUGCCAUGCCUGCAACCUGAGCACGAUGGGGCGUCUACUCACGCCUUUGGCAACACCUUCAUCCUGCCACCCAGCGCACAUCACGACAGCACCGUAAUCUUCCUACACCGUCGCGGGAGCACGGGCCGGGAAUUCUGCAGCGAACUCGCCACCAGCGUCAUGUCGAACCUCCGGACGCUGCAGAACGCGCUGAGAUGCCGUGGCUUCCGUCUCGUGUUUCCGACGGCGCGUCUUGUUUUCAGCCAUUGCUUCGCCGAGUGGACGCCUGCGUGGCUCGGGGCUUUCUUCCGCGGCCUGGAUUACUUGGACGAGGAUCAUCACGAGGUCGUCACUCAGAAUAUCGUCGACGGGAUCGACUUCCUCCACAGCCUGAUUGACGAUGAGACGGAGCUCGUGGGCGGCAACGCCCGCAAUGUUUUCCUCGUCGGCAUGGGCGAGGUCGGCUCCAUCGGCAUGUGGGCGCUGCUCACGCAGCCUUCACCGGCCCGCGCGCUGGGAGGAUUCAUCGGCAUCAACGCGAGCCUGCCUUUUGCGCCGAGCAUGAUGAGGCACCUGCGGGGCGAGGUAGGCCAGCCGCGACAGGAUCACCCCGGCGAGGAGCAGCGUCGUCGGCAGGACGAGUUUGUGCGGGACAUGUUGGGCGCGAUCGUGCGGCCGAGGCCCCGGGUAAGGCCAGAGCCACUGCCUCAUGUGUGCAGGACCCCGGUGCUCCUCAUGCACGGGACGGACAACGAGAUUCUGGACGUGGAACGCGGUCGCGAGGCCUAUGCAUUGCUGAGUGCUUUGGGUUUCCGCACGGCGUGGCUCGGGUAUGCGGGCGCGGAGGAGGAUGGGAACUGGAUCAAGGAGCCGGAGGGGAUGGACGACAUAUUUGAGUUUAUCUCCGGGUCCCGCUGA